AUGACAUCCUUGAACAAUCAAGCUGCAUGGCAGCCCAAGGCUCGCACCAGAUCCCUCCAAGUCGGCCCGGGGCCAACACCUAGCCCAAAUGAGCAUGAAGUGGUGAUCCAAGUGGCCUACGCAGCGGUCAAUCCGACCGAUUGGAAGAUGCAAGACACCCCGUACUUCGAGCUCGAGUACCCAUUCAUCUGGGGCAACGAUGUCGCGGGAACCAUUGUGCAGCUUGGCUCUGAGGUCACGCAAUUCAAAGUCGGGCAAAGAGUAAUUGGACAUUGCGACUCAUUGCUCACGCGUAAAGCCACCAACGCAGGCUUUCAGCUCUACACCACCGUGCGGGAGAUUCUCGUCGCGGAGGUUCCAGACUCCCUGCCUCUCGCCAACGCGGCCGUGCUGCCUCUGUCGGUGUCCACCGCCGCCAGUGCUCUCUACGUGCAGCUGGAUCUGCCUUUUCCUUCCCUGAGUCCGAAGAGCACGGGCAAGCGCAUUGUCCUCUGGGGCGGGAGUUCAUCGGUCGGCAGCUCGGCCAUCCAGCUGGCGGUCGCGUCGGGACUCGAAGUGCUGACUACCGCCAGCGAAGCCAACCACGAUCUUGUCCGGAGUCUUGGCGCUUCGCAGGCCUUCGAUCACCGGGACCCCGACGUGAUUGAUCAGAUUGCCAGUCUUUUGAGGCAGGGAGAUUAUGUUGUGGACUGCAUCGGGAGUGCAGAUACUCAGGCGAAAUGCGGCCAGAUCCUGGGGAGGAUAGGGGGAGGAACGCUCCCGGUGAUGCUAUGGCCGCAGGCCGGGCUGCCGGAGAACGUGAGGGCAGUUUUUGUCAACGGUUUAGAUCCGGGGAUGGUGGAUCUGGACGUGGGCAAUGCGGUGUGGCGGAAAUUCAUCCCUGAAGCGUUGGCAGCGGGGAAGUUCCAGGCAAAACCAGACCCUCGUAUUGUGCCUGGUGGGCUGGAGAAAGUUCAAGAAGGCAUAGAUAUUUUGCGCCAGGGAGUGUCGGCUCAGAAGGUUGUGAUAGAUAUCUCCCAGGAUUGA